AUGUUCGACACGGUGCAGUUGAUACUACGACUGACCUACUACUACUCUCGAGUUCUUGGCGUGUUUAACUUUGAGAUUAAUACUAAAACCGGUGAGGCUCGGAUAACGAGUCAAUCUACGAUUUAUGCUGCUGUCAUGAAUGUUGCAAUAUGUUGCCUGCUUCCUCUUCUGACUCGCAGCGAACUGAUCCACAUAUUGUGGAAAUAUGCCGGUCUGCUACACGAGUAUCUCUUCCUGGUCGUCAUGGGCAUGAGAAUCGUCUGCGUGAUUGCAACAUUGUUUAGUCGCUGGUGGCAACGUCGUAGAAUCAUUCGAUUAGUGAAUGCCUUUCGACGCUUGACGGUUCGCAAACCACAAGUUAUCCGCAUGUGGCGACGUGAAGUCAUUAAGAAAUUCACCAGUAUUAUCGUGACAGAGUUACUCCAAAUGUUGGGCACUAUCGUGACCCUACGAAAUCUGCUUACCAUCAACUUGACUCUCAGCAUCUUAGCGGUAUAUAUGCUGGCAGCGCUUGUCAAUGUCAUAAUAUCGCAUUUUUAUUUCGCAAUGCUGAAUAUCCAUCUCCACUAUGUCCUCCUGAAGCAGGAACUGCGCACAGUGCUGAACGAGAUCCGAUCCUUGGAGAAUGAACACCGAAGGGCAACCUAUAUGAAUAAGUGUUGUUGCUUAGCCGAUCGCCUGGAGGAUAUAGCCAAAAGACAAUCCGAAUUACAGACACUUGGCGGUCGCAUGGCUCGUGUCUUUGGCAUUCAAGGUCUUUGUAUCUCGGCCAGCUCUUAUGUGUCAAGCGCAUACUUUGUGGACGUUUGGAUCUCCAUUUCCAAUAUAUACAAUGUCUUAGAUGAUCAAGCAGAAUUAAAGCAGCUUAUGGAACAGUAUACGACCUUUGCACCGGGAUUGGAUAAAAGACUUGAGGCGGUUUUUGAGAGCUUUCAACUUCAACUGGCACGCAAUCCAUUGAAAAUCUCCAUUCUUGGACUUUAUGAUAUGAAUAAAUCAACAGCAAUGUCUAUGACCAAUUCAAUAGUCACCAGUUCAAUUGUUCUCAUUCAGUAUGAAUUGGAAAAUUCUUUGGUAAAAUCCUAA